AUAGAUCUUGAAGCCUACAUUAAUUACCCGGAAGAGGAAGAUACAAAUGAAGCCUUAAAUGAUCAGGAAAUCUUAACUUUAGUCACUAACAUAGAACCUGAGAAAGAUCUAAAUGAAGAUGACAAUAGUGAAGAAGAUGAAGACGACAGUAAAGAAAUCUCUCUAAUUACCCACCACGAAGCGUUAAAUGCUAUAGAGGUGCUAAAACAAUAUCUUAUACAGCAGGAUCUAAGUGAUAUAGCCUGGUUGAAUCACGGCCAAGCAUUAUUAAAUUUGCAAAAGGCAAUAAGAAAAAUUCGAAGCGUGUCUUUUAAACAAAUGAACCUUGAAAACUUCUUUCAAAUCGACCAAUUGACUGAGUAA